AUGAUCGGCUCCGGGAGCUUCUCCUCGCUGCUCCUGAAUGCUGCAAGUCUCUCGCCGGUGGAGCUGCGCCUCGCUCUCCCGCGGAACCUGCAAGUCUCCUGCAUGGACGUGACACUGCCCAGCUUCCACCGCGCCACCUCCAUGGAUCUGCGCGCGUGGGACCUCCACUUGACCGUCUUCGCAAAGCCACAUGCGGUGAACACCACCGGUCUGAUAGACAUGAGCAACAUUACGGUCCACUCCGCAUCGCUGGAGGAGCUCGUCGUGGAGCACGGCAACCGAUGGACCCGCCGUACCCAUGUCAGCGUCGACUCCCCUGUGCUUAAGCAAUUGACAGCGUCCUUCCAUGCCUGCGGCAACAUCGGGGUGUCCAUCUUGGCACCAAUGGUGGACAAGGUCUGUUGGCGGUGCUCGUAUGCCAAGCCGAUUUGCGGCCUUGGUCUUUGGGGCCUCUCAGAGGUGCAGCUCCCUAGCGUGCAUGUCCUGUCCCUACACCUAUCUCCUGUCCAGGAUUCAGUUAUCUUUCCAAAUGCAGAGCUCAGCUUCGGGGCAGAGAUCGAUAAACAUAUGGUUACCAACUUCUCUGGUCUGGACCUGCAUCUCAGCACCAAGGGCCAUGUGUUUGGAGCUUUUGUGCUUCAUCUCCUUGGGAUGCAUCGUAUUCGUACAGCUUUACGGAACCUUAAGAUUGUCCUGCUAAGAUCAGAGGUGAAAGAUGCAUGCCCAGUAAAUUGUUUCUGUGAUGAGCCAAAGAACUGGAGAACAGAAACUAUCACCUUGGCUGAUCUUGAAAACAUGGAAAUUGAAGGCCUCGGCGGGGAAGAUCACGAGUUUGACUUCUUGGAAGUGAUAUUUAGAUGUGCUCCAAUGCUUAAAACAGUGACUGUAAGGUUGUCAGAUGGUGUCACUCCAAGUGUCGAUUGGUGCACAAAAGUAAACAACAUCUUCAUGGCAUAUCCUUCCGUCGAAUGCAAUGCUGAUCUAGUAAGCAGGGCCAAAGCUGUGUGUUGA